GUCAGUAGAAAAGGAAGCAUUUUGCUAGACGUUUGUGUUCAUAAAUGUGGCAAUUCUACGGGAAUAUUCUGUAUUAAAUUGUGAAUAGAAUAUUUGCUGAACAAUCACGCUAAAUUUGAGAAUCUGUGAUGGAUAAAGAUACUAGCGAUUCUGGUAUAGCAACCAUAAGCUAUCCCCCUUCGGAAAAAGCACGAAACUCUUACGUUGUUAACGGAUGCCAUGGAGGAACCGAAAAUGUGGAUGAUGAUCCAGCCAACAAGAACGGUGUCCAAGAACGACCCGAGUGGUCGAAUAAGCUUGAAUUCCUCAUGUCAUGUAUUUCAAUGUCGGUGGGACUAGGAAAUGUGUGGCGUUUCCCAUUUACUGCAUAUGAAAAUGGCGGUGGAGCAUUCCUCAUACCCUAUCUUAUCGUUUUAUUCGUAAUCGGGCGUCCGUUGUACUACAUGGAAAUGAUAUUGGGACAAUUUACAAGUCGAAGUUCAGUCAAAGUUUGGGCCAUCUCACCUUUAUUUAAAGGGAUUGGUAUCGGACAACUAAUUGGCACAGCGUCGGUAGUCAGUUAUUACGUGUCACUAAUCGCAAUUUCUAUGUCGUAUUUCUUCGCAUCGUUUGCUUCGGAACUACCAUGGGCACAGUGCAGAGAAUCAUGGGGUUCGAACUGCGUAGAUUCGGCUAUCACCGUUAGGGACAUGGUUGCAGGAAACAGAUCUACAGGGGAUAAAAUCAGCAGCUCCCAGAUUUAUUUCAUGGAUGUUGUACUUAAGGAAAAAUCGAAUAUUACAGAUGGCAUCGGUACUCCCGACUGGAAGCUCACACUCUGGCUCUUUAUAUCGUGGGUGGUAAUAUUCCUGGUGCUAGUCCGGGGCGUAAAAAGCUCUGGAAAAGCUGCCUACUUCUUAGCACUAUUUCCAUACGUAGUAUUGACCAUUAUAUUGAUUCGUGCACUGACUCUGGAAGGAUCCAUAAAUGGGGUAUUGUUCUUCAUAAAACCACAAUAGAGCGAGUUACUCAACCCGAAGAUGUGGAAGGAAGCAGUUGUACAAUGCUUUUUUUCACUAGCAGUUGGAAUGGGACCAAUCAUAAUGUAUUCAUCGUAUAACUCUUUCAAACACAAUUGCUAUAGAGACGCCAUGAUCGUGACAACUCUAGAUACGUUCACCAGUUUAUUAGGAGGCAUGACAAUAUUCAGUAUAUUGGGGAACCUGGCACAUAACCUUGGUAUCGAAGAUAUUUCCACUGUUUUGAAAAGCGGAACUGGAUUAGCCUUUAUUUCCUAUCCUGAUGCGAUAGCAAAGUUCGAUGUUGUUCCUCAGCUGUUUUCUGCACUAUUUUUCUUCAUGUUAUUCGUCCUGGGUGUCGGCUCUGCUGUUGCAUUGCACGGAGCAAUUAUUACUGCUUUUUGGGAUGCAUUACCAAAAACAAAAUACUGGCAAGUUGCGCUUGUAAUAUCGACUCUUGGAUUCUGCUCAGGUUUGGUGUACAUUACACCGGGAGGUCAAUGGAUACUAGAUCUAGUCGAUCACUACGGCGGGACAUUCCUCAUCUACGCUCUAGCAAUAAUUGAAAUAGUGGUAAUUUUCUGGAUUUACGGAUUAGAAAAUUGGUGCUAUGAUGUUGAAUUCAUGGUACAGCAAAAGGUUGGGCUCUAUUGGCGACUUUGUUGGGGGGUUAUAACUCCAAUUUUUAUGAUCGCUGUUUUCAUUUACUCGAUGAUGAAAUACCAAUGGCCGAAAUAUGCAAAUCAAUCGUACCCUGACGAGGCAAUCAUUUGCGGAAUACUGGUUUUUAUCAUCGGAAUGGCACAGGUCAUAAUUUGGGCGUUGUGGACCUUAGCUCGAAAUCAAUCGAAGGCAUCAUUGUGGAAGAAGUUCAUAAAUACAAUGAAGCCGAGUCCGCACUGGGGACCUUCUGCUAGCGCUACAAGAGCAGCUUGGCUUAAUUAUAAAAAUGAAGCGAAAAAAAGGCGUAUAGAAAACGCAUCUCAUAGAAAUCAUUCCAGGUUUGUUAGAAAACUAUACGUGUUACUAAAUUUGUACGACGAUUUUAUUAAAACGACAUGAUAAAAGUAUCAAAUGUAUCCUUAAUGAUAAAUCUUUCCGUUGUAUAGUUUUUAGAACAGAAUGAUGUAAGACAGAGAAAUAUAUGUCGGAAUACAAA